UAGCAAUGGGGGUAAGUUUUGAAAAUCGCAAGUGUUUGGGGAGCAAAUCAGAAACUGAGAGUUGGAUUUUUAGGAAUUUUUGAGAUUUGAUAUCGAGGGAAGGAAGAGAGGACAGAGAGGAAGAUGGACUACACUCUGGCUGCGCUGAAGAUCUUGUGCUCACAGCUCACCGCCGUCACGGAGGCGACCUCUUACUCUCAGCCCGCUUUGUCUCUAGGCGGCAUUCUCUUCCAACGCGCUUGGCUUCAGGGCGUCUUGGUCUCAAAACCGUCUCCCUCCAAUAAUGAUGACGGCCGCUUCCUCCUCGACGAUGGCACCGGCGUCAUCGAACUCAAGUUCUCUGGCGACUACCUACAAAAUGAUGCCUGGGAAUUAGGUAUGUAUGUAAUGGUUGUUGGAGGAUAUUUUGUCAGAAAAGAUGGGACCUCGUUUAUUAAGGUACACAAAAUUAUUGACCUUUCACCAGUACCCGAUCGAGAGGCAAUGUGGUAUCUAGAAGUUGUGGAGGCAUUUAGACUUUUCUAUCUUCCUCUUAUAGAAGAAGAGUAUAAUUCAGAAUGAGCAUGCACAUCCUAAUGCUGAGGAUCUCUUGUGAAGUUUUGUUAGGGUUAGUCGGUUAGAUCCCAAUUUUAUUUAACACCUUUACUAGUGUUCAAUUAUCCAACACUAUGUUCCCUUUUUGACUGAGAAGAUUUACAAUUUUCAAUUACUGUGUAAAGAAUAUAACCUGUUGGCUUAAGAAGCCUAACAAUUGUAAAUUAGGGGGAGUUUUACUACAU